ACAGACAUUGCCUACGCUCUCACUACCACCAGCCUAUCCAUCCUCUUCUUUGCCGCCUCUCUCACCACCUCCACUCGCACCCAAUACCCUGGCUCCCUCCCCCUUUCAAUUCAUGACACCUUGUAAAUAGGAAGUCUUCCACCCUCAAUUCCACCUGGCCUUUCCUUUACCACUACUCCUUACAGAUAAUUCCUUUCCCAACUGUUAGUCCAUCUUUAUUUGUUUUAUUCUCAUGACUUCCAUUGUCGAGACUUCUAUCAUGGCUCCAGCCAAGGCCUCCAAACAGGUUGCCAGUGAUUGGCUUUGGGUAUUUAUCACGUCCCUUGUCUUUCUUUCUUUGCCUUGGAGCGUACUUACACUUGUCCUAUUAUUAUUAGACUUAUCAUGAAGAGCCCCACCGAACUCGGAGACAUGAGAUAAUUAAGGCCCAUCCUGAGGUAACCUCAAUCGGGUUGGUCAUCAAUAUAAAGCACAAGCUGAUCUAAUCCGCCCAGGUUACCAAGCUCUGCGGUCCAGAACCUCUGACAAAAUAUGUUGUCCUUUUCGUGGUUUCCAUCCAAAUUUUCUGUGCCUACAUCCUGCAAUCGACCCCGGUAUUCUCGUACCGGUUCUUUCUCACGGCAUAUAUUGUUGGAGCAACAGCGAACCAGAAUCUUUUCUUGGCUAUCCAUGAAAUAUCACACAAUCUCGCUUUUCGCUCAGCUUUUGCCAACAGAAUGAUUGCUGUAUUCGCCAACUUGCCCAUUGGACUUCCUUACAGUGCAGCCUUUCGACCAUAUCACCUAACCCACCAUAAGGCGCUUGGUGUUGAUGGUCUUGACACUGACCUUCCAUCGAGGUUUGAGGCCAUUUUCCUUGACUCCGUGCUUGGGAAAGCGUUUUUCUGCACCUUCCAGAUUCUUUUCUACGCUCUACGGCCUAUGAUGGUGUACCGGAUUCCUUUCACAAAACUGCACUUCUUCAAUGUCACCGCCCAGCUCGUUUUUGAUGCCACCCUCGUUAAAACUUGUGGUUGGAAUGCUCUUGUGUACCUGGUUAUGAGCAGUUUUUUGGCUGGAAGCUUGCACCCAUGCGCUGGUCAUUUCAUUGCCGAGCAUGUAUGAAAUCCGUUCCAUGCUUGUCUAAUUAUCAAUAUUUACAAACGCACUUUCUAGUAUGUUUUUGAGAGGCCAAAACCCUCACCAAAGGAUGCCAUCUCCGAUGACCCAGUACCCGUGGAAACUUACUCUUACUAUGGUCCGCUAAACUUCUUUACCUACAACGUUGGACUUCAUAACGAACAUCAUGAUUUCCCCGCUAUCCCCUGGACCCGUCUUUGGAAGCUUCGUGAGAUCGCUAAGGAAUUCUACGAACCUCUCCCUCGCCACACCAGUUGGUCCUAUGUUAUUUGGCAAUUCAUUUGGGAUGGUGAUGUUUCCUUAUGGUCAAGGGUGAGGCGAGAGCAGUGGGUCGGGUCGGGACGCAAAGUCACUGCUGGUUGGACUAAAGAAGAGAUAGGAAACAUGAAUGACGCUAUAAAACGAGAGGAUUAGAGGCCGUUCGGGGAAUAGUUUUGCACGCUCCAUAUAAUAUCAUAAUAGACUUUUGUUUGGUUGGACUGACAGUGCGCUAAAACAUUAAUACAUGUUUCGAUGAACUAAUAGAUCCAGAACCAGCGGCAUAGUUUAGUAGUGGGGUGAAGGCAGGCCAAGAAUCUCGGAGUAUAAUAAUAGGAGGCACACGAAGCAAGCAGUCGGCCAGCAGUCUGCAAACCUUGGACGGCAGAUGGACCCUAGUGCCUCUCGUCGGAUCCGGCGUGCCUGUUUCGGGGCAAGGAGCUUUCCCAAGCUCCAUGCCUCUCUGUAUGCUUAAAGCCGACAAUAAAUUGAUCGUAAAGAAAGAUAAGACUAGGAAUAUAACAUUAAUACCG